AUCCUGUCUCCUACCACCGUAUGGACUGGGGGUCACAGUUCUUCCAGAACUGUGGAUGGAAGAUGAUGGGGAAGGGGUGGGGAAGAGUCACUUCCCCAGCAGAAAAAGGGAUGCUGAGCUGACAAAAACAACAGAUGUCAGAAGAGUGUACUGGAAGAGCCAGGAGGGGGCCAACCCGAAGGAGACAGAAGGUAGGAAAGCGCAGUGCUGGUGUUUCUGACUCUGCCCCAAGUUGGGCCCUCCACGGAAUCUGCACCACAGACCACAUUGCUCUCGUCCCGUUUGCCAUAUCUGAAUUGAAGAGCAAGGCGGUAAGAGUGCCACCACAGAGCAACCUUGGAUUCCGAGGAUCAACUAGAUCAAGGACUGGCAUCCCGCCCACUCCAGCGGCCACUAGCUGCCCAAGUCCAGGCUCCCCACCCUCAGCUCUGCGGCAGUGGGAGGAGCAGGGGGAGUUGCUCCUGCCCCUCAUCUUCCUGCUCCUGGUGCUGGGCUCCCUGCUGCUCUACCUGGCUGUGUCACUCAUGGACCCCGGCUACGUGAAUGUUCAGCCCCAGCCCCAGGAGGAGGCCAAAGAGGAACAGACAGCCAUGGUCCCUCAGACCAUCCCCCUUCGGCGCUGCAGAUACUGCCUCGUGCUGCAGCCCCUGCGGGCCCGGCACUGCCGUGAGUGUCGUCGGUGCGUCCGCCGCUACGACCACCACUGCCCCUGGAUGGAGAACUGCGUGGGGGAGCGCAACCACCCGCUCUUCGUAGCCUACCUGGCGCUGCAGCUGGUGGUGCUUCUGUGGGGCCUAUACCUGGCGUGGUCUGGCCUCCGGUUUUUCCAGCCCUGGGGACUGUGGCUGCGGUCAAGUGGGCUCCUGUUCGCCACCUUCCUGCUGCUGUCCCUCUUCUCGUUGGUGGCCGGCCUGCUCCUGGCCUCACACCUCUACCUGGUGGGCAGCAACACCACCACCUGGGAGUUCAUCUCCUCUCACCGCAUCGCCUACCUCCGUCAGCGUCCCGGGAACCCCUUCGACCGCGGCCUGAUCCGCAACCUGGCCCACUUCUUCUGCGGCUGGCCCUCGGGGUCCUGGGAGACCCUCUGGGCCGAGGAGGAGGAGGAGGGUAGCAGCCAAGCUGUUUAGGGUUGCUGGAGGCAGGGACACCAUCUUGUGCCUGAAAACCGGAGGGGCGCACCCAGCCGGGGCCGGCCCUCAGAGGGCCUGGGGCUCCUCACUCCUGCCCAGUCCUCCCAGGCCUCAGAGCUGAACCACAGAACCCCGGCCUCAGUGGGCAGUCCUGCCCUCUGAAGGAAGAACGGGAGGAAGAGGACCUGCGGGGGGCUCAGACACAAACGACCCAGGCUUCUGAGACCCCCACCCACCUCCCGAGGCAGGCUGCCUCCAGUGCAGUUUUAUAACUUUAAUAAUCCAUAAAGCAAGUCAAGUAUUAAAAAACAAACCAAACUGCU